AGAGAGAGAGAGAUCUUCCCAUCCCAUGGCUUUCGCCGUCGCCUCCAAGGCGGCCCCGCUGGCCGGCCUCCUCAAGAAGCUCCUCCUCGCCGCGCCGUCCGCCUCCUGGGCCGCACCCGCGCCCGCCGCCGCAGCGCUCUGCCCAGCUCCAGCGAGCGUCGUCGCUUCCCGCCGCCUCUUCAGCACUGGCGGCGCGCCAUUCCGCCGCGACGACUUCGACAGCGAGGAGUACAGCACCGACGAGGAGGAGUACAGCGGCGACGAGGAUGUCGUCUACGGUCGCCCUCGUGCGCGCGGCUUCUCCGUCUCCAUGUCCUCCUCAGCAGACGAGCCGAUGAGCCUGGGCCGCCGUCUGCUGGCGCUGAUGGAGGACGAGGCGGCGGAGGCGCCAAGGCGCGAGUGCUGGGUGUCCAAGGAGGACGCCGACGCGGUGAAGCUGAAGGUGGCGAUGCCGGGGCUGGGGAAGGAGCACGUGAAGGUGUGGGCGGACCAGGACGAGCUGGCGAUCGAGGGGGAGGGCGUCAAGGACACCGAGUACGACGACGAGGACGAGGCCCCAGCGUGGUACGGGCACCGCAUCGAGUUCCCGGCAGACACUUUCAAGAUGGACCAGGUCAAGGCUGUGAUGAAGGAUGGGGUGCUCAAGGUCACCGUGCCCAAGAUCAAGCUCGAGGACCGCGAGGACGUGUUCCUGGUCAAGGUCGAGUAGGGGAAGGGGAAGGGGAAGGUAUGGAGUCAGUCAGUCCGGGUCUCGUAGUUCAGUAGUUUAGUGGAGUAGUAGUUGUUGCUCAUGGAGGAGGUUGCGGAUUGCUAGCGAGAGGGAGACGUGCUUUUUUGGGAUGGCGAUGUUGUCUUGUGCCUGAUGGUGUCUGAGGCAGGGCAGCCAUGUUUACCUUUUCAGUUCGUCAUGUACCUUUCAGUUCGUCAUGUUCUGGUUUCGUGAUGGUGAUGAUCACUGAUGAUAUCUUGCUAUGAACUUCUGAUGAGUAAUGGCAUUCGCAGUUACCGAUUGGGAUCUA